CCCCCGUAAUUACAAGCCACAGUGACACCUCUCCCUCCUCACAACAUUGUUGGACCUGACGUGAAGGUACUUAUUCACUGCAACUCGGAUGACCAAUCGAUACUCCUCUCCUCAAGAAAUGUGCACUUCAACCCUACAGCAGCAUCAUGAUAAUUUUAGGCAAAAAGAUUUCAUCGAUUCAUUUCAAUUCUUAAAAAAUUUAUGGGAAUCAAAGAGUUCAAAUUCGGGUAAUCGGUGCUCAAAUACCGCCGAAAUAUACGGGCUUGGACCCGAUGCCAAUAGCUGCACAAGGACCUCACCAAAAACUUUAUCGAAAUUUUCCAAGAGAGCUACCAACUACUAUCAACCAGCAAAUGCUUCUCGCGAUAAAUCGGAAAACGCCGAUAUCAUAAAGCGGUUAUCUGGCAAGGGCUCUAAUCAGGAACUCGUGCCGGACAUUAGCCAUUUGACCCUGACCAAGAUAUUGGAAAAGGAUAAAUUUCUAAGUAAAAAUAAAGGGGAUUAUCAAAUCGACCCCCUCAUCACCCGAAUGGGGAGUAAUAACAAGUUUUCGAUACCAUCUUUAUUAAAUCAAAAAAAAACUUCGGUGUGCGACAGUACAACUUUUUCGCUCAACAAGAAUGACUAUAAUUAUAGGCGAAUGUUAGGUCUGAAAAAAAAAUCGGAUUUAUAUUCAAUCCACGAUCGGGAAAAUAAACCUGUCGUCAAAGAAAGAAAAUUGAGUCCGAGUGGCAUUUUAACAACCGCGCCCAAUUACGAAUCCUAUAAUAGUAAAAAUUACGAUGACCUCAAUAAAUUCUCAUCAUCCGGUGAUCCUAAACCGUACAUCAGACGAUCGGGAUCUUAUCCCUAUUCUCCUAAAGAGGUCUUGAAGUUGUUCGCUCAUCAUUUGACACCCUUCGAGCACAAGGAGAUUUUGAAAUACGAUGAAGUUUGGUACCUUGGACACGUGAACAAAAAGCAAACGCCCCUGAGAUCAUCGACUACCUUGGGCGCCUCUCUCGAUUCCGGGUACGACGAGAAAGAAAUUCCGAAUAUGAACUAUGAUUUCAAAAGCAAUAAAAAGGCCACUAGUUGUUUUAACGAUGAUAAUGAUGAUAAUAAUAAUAACAACAAUACUACUAAUAAUAAAUACACUACUAAUACUGAUACAGAGUCAUAUUUGAACCCGAAUCACACGGAUAAGGAGGGGCUAUAUAAAAUUGUUGUCGGAGACCACAUUGCGUAUCGAUACGAAAUAAUUGAUAUUUUAGGGCAAGGAUCUUUUUCACAAGUUGUCAAAGCUUACGAUCACAAAGAUCAAAAAUAUAUGGCUUUAAAAAUAAUACGGAAUAAGAAAAGAUUUCACCAACAAGCUCUGACCGAAAUAAAACUUUUGAAUAAUCUACAGAAUUCUUUAUAUUCAAGUAAUCUAGAUCAAACGGUUAAAAUGAUGGAUCAUUUUUACUUUCGUCAUCAUUUGUGCAUCCUUUUUGAAUUAUUAGGGCCCAGUCUAUAUGACAUGUUAAAGAAGACAAAUUUUCGAGGUUUUCGAUUGGACCUUGUCAAGGAUAUAACCCGAUCUCUCCUAAAAUGUUUAUCGACGCUCCGUAAACAUAGGAUCAUUCAUUGUGAUUUCAAACCCGAAAAUAUUCUGGUCAAACCUCACACUAAAUUUGAUAUCAAAAUUAUCGAUUUUGGAUCGAGCUGUUAUGAAAAUGAACAAAUUUACACGUACAUCCAAAGUCGUUUUUAUCGAUCUCCAGAAGUCAUUUUAGGGACUUCGAAAUACACAACUGCCAUUGAUAUUUGGUCUUUGGGUUGCGUGGCGGCAGAAUUGUAUACCGGAUUUCCCAUAUUUCCCGGGGAAGACGAAAAGGAUCAAUUAUCCUGUUUCGUUGAAAUGUUGGGAUUGCCACCUAAGGAAAUGAAUUACUCUUGUGAAAGAUGGAAUGAAUUUUUCGAUUCAAAAAGUAAUCUACGAUAUGCCACCAAAAGGGGACAGAGAUUACCUAACAGUAAAAAUCUUUCCAACGCUUUGAAGUGUGACGAUUACUUGUUUAUCGAUUUUCUGUACAAAUGUUUUAGGUGGAAUCCCAAAGAAAGGAUGACUCCUAGAGAGGCGCUAGUGCACCCUUGGGUAAUCGGGGAUGUUUUGAAUGGCGAUAACAACCCAAUUACACCAAAACCUAUCAAAAAUGAUCUCACAUAUUACAAAAAUAGCAAUAAUUUAAACGAUUAUGAAUAUGAUUAUACCAAAAAUGAGAAGAAAUAUGGUAAAAAUAAGUUAAGCAGUAAAAGUAUGAACUAUUCCAAUGACAACAAUUACUACACGAGUCUUAUGAAUGACAAAGACGACACCUAUUUGAAAAACUACGACAAUAAUAUAUCCGUUUACACAUCUUGCUACGAUAUCUCUAAUAAACACUACAUUUACCCAGCUAUUAAAACUAAAACCAAAAUGAACACCAUCAAUUAUCCAUCUAUCAACAAGGCCAAUAAAGAAUUAUUUCAAAAAAACCCCAUCUAUCCUCUGUCAUGUAAAUUGCAACAUCUAGAAACUAACAGCAACGAUUAUAUACAUAAUGAAUAUAAUGGGUUUGUUAACAAAUAAUAGCAUUUUAAUUUGAAUACACGGAUGAAUUUGAUUGGUUCAUUAUGUUUAUUACAAUAAUUUUUUAGAAAUCUCAAUUCUUAUUUCUA